UUUUGAUUCGAAGAUGUCGGCAGACAUAGGCUUGAUAGGUUUGGCCGUAAUGGGCGAAAACUUGGUGCUCAACAUGGAGAAGAAUGGUUUCGUGGUGGCGGUGUUCAACCGUACUUUGUCGAAGGUGGACGACUUCGUUAAUGGGCGAGCGAAGGGUCUGAAGGUUAUUGGCACGCACAGCCUCGAGGAGUUCGUUUCCAAACUCAAAAAGCCACGUCGCGUGAUGGUGAUGGUGAGGGCGGGAGAUGCGGUGGACAAGAUCAUAGAGAUGUUAUUGCCGUUGUUGUCGAAGGGCGACAUAAUAAUAGACGGAGGAAACUCUUAUUUUGAAGAUACGACGAGGAGGACGAAGGAGUUGGAGGCAAAGGGGAUGAUGUUCGUGGGCGCGGGCGUGUCUGGCGGCGAAGAGGGGGCGUUGAACGGCCCGUCCAUAAUGCCUGGGGGGACUAAGGGUGCGUGGAAGGAGAUAGGCCCCAUAUUUCAGGCCAUAGCGGCGAAGGUGAAGGAGGGCGUGCCGUGCUGCGAGUGGGUGGGAGAUGGUGGUGCGGGUCACUACGUGAAAAUGGUACACAAUGGACACGAGUACAGCUGUUGUCAGGCGAUUGCGGAGGCCUAUUGGGUGAUGAAGGAGGGGCUAGGGAUGUCGAACGAGGAGAUGUCCGGCGUGUUUUCAGAAUGGAAUUUGGGCAAGCUGGAAUCUUACUUGAUAGAAAUCACGGCGCAAAUACUGUCCAAGAAAGACGAGCAAGGAACGUAUGUGAUUGACUACAUCCUUGAUAAGGCUGGACAGAAAGGAACAGGUAAAUGGACGGUUAUGAGUGCGUUGGAAUUAGGCGUACCUGUUACGUUGGUUUCCGAAGCCGUGUUUGCCCGCUGUCUCUCAUAUCAAAAAGAGGAUCGCGUUUUCGCGUCUAACAUCUUCACUGGACCUCGUGAGCCCUUCAAAGUUGAUCAAAAACAGUUUCUGAACGACUUGCACGACUCGUUAUACGCGUCUUUUUUAGUUUCUUGCGCGCAGUGCUUCGUCUUGAUGGGCGCCGCCGGAUCUCGGUACAAAUGGGACAUUGAUUACGCCGCCGUAGCGCACAUGUGGCGUGGCGGAUGCAUUAUUCGCUCGUCUUAUCUCGAAAAUAUCUUUCAAGCGUUCCAGCUCAACCCUGCCCUCUCGAACUUGAUGUUCGACCACUUCUUCUCUUCAGAAAUCCAAAAGUGCUCUCCCGGGUGGCGGCGCGUCGUCGCCGCUACCUCCAAGUCCGGCGUCGCCAUCCCCGUCAUCUCGUCCGGACUCUCCUACUACGACGGCCUUCGCGCGGCCAGCGGACCCGCUAACCUGAUCCAGGCGCAGCGAGACUACUUCGGCGCUCACACCUACGAACGCCUCGACCGCAACGCCGGACAGUACUUCCACACCGACUGGACCGGACACGGCGGCUCCACGCACUCUCAGGCCUACAACAUCUAGUACUCGACCAUACAUGACUCGCGUGUGUGGGGUUGCCGACUCUCCCAAGGGCAGGCAAAAAAAAAAAAAA